CAAGCAUCAGGUGUGUAGUUACCUGUGACCAGUGGGAGUUCUUUCCCUUGAUUGCUGUUACAGCUUCUGCCGCAAUAUUUGUUGUUCAUCGCUACCGUAAUUUGAUCUCUACUAGGUGCAAGAAGAUUCAGUGAGAUUGGAUGUCGUUUUAAGAACAGAUUUUUACUUUCUUUUUAAAUACCUUUCCAACAUGUGAUUGAAAAAGACUGCUUGAAGGUGUUCUUAAUAUGAAUAAACCAAUUUUUGCUAAGUCUGGUUGAAAAUUUACUAAAUUUAUUUUCUGAAAAAUAUACUCCUUUCCCCUUCUCUCUUGUCUUCAAACUAUCUGAAGUAAUCACAAACCAAACCCUCCUUUUAAAAAAAAAAAAAAAAAAAAAAAAAAAAAAUUGGGUUAUGUUGUUUUUAUGUUACAAAUUCCUGGUAAUGAAUUAAAGCAAUUAAGUGCCACAUUUUUCCAUAGAGAUUUAAACAAUAGAAAUCUAUGACACAGCUGCUUCAUUCCCAUGUUAACAACAAGUUGUUAUGCCAAUGAUGAAUAUUGUACAAACUGUAUCGCUUUGGCUUUGAUGCCAAACUAGAAUUGAUUUUCGAUCAUAGAAACAGCUGGCAAUCUCUUGCAUCUUUUAUAUUUUAAAUGCCUCUGAAGUUUACUGUCAAACAAAUUGUUUUGGUCUGUCUUUUUAUCUGCAUUGAUGCAAACAUAACUUUGCAUGGUCAUACCUUCUGAAUUAUACAAGAUAAAGACUUCAUAUCAGGUCAAGUAAAGGUCAAUGUCAGAGGUCAGUAAUGGGUCAAGGUUGUUGAGCUCUCCUCUUUGACACAUACUUAUUUUGGUUAAUUUUUUUGUCUCUCUGUAAUUAUAAAAGACAUGGUUGUUAGAAUGUUAUGAUCAGCAAUAAGACUAGCUGUGCCUGUCCCUUCAGAAUUGUCAGAGAAAUAAUAAUCAGUUUAACAGUCCACCAUGAGGGGAUCUUGACGAGAUAAGGAAAGAAUAAAGGAUUUAUUACACUGAGAACUAAUGUGAUUGAGCAUAACUCGGGGUAUUGGAUAGGAUUAUGCCAGGUUUAUUGACACAUUAUAGUUUGAAUCCUAGCUUUAUCAGCCUGGAAUUGCAUUCUGAUAUGGACUGAGCUAUCAAAACACAGUGGCCGUGUUUUUAUUUUGUAGCUAUUACAGAGGAAUAAUAACAACUUUACAAGUCUUUGUAUUGUCUAUUUCAGAACAUGAUGAAUAAUGCAGAGUUUGAAUGCAUUCAAUAUUACGGUUAAUAAUGCAUUAGUAUUGAUUUCAGUUGUAUCAAUAUCAGAUGCUGUAUAUAUCAAACAAAAGCUCUUGAAUUUGAAAUUUGUUUUAGUGGAGACUUUUCAUUAUUUAUCAUGCUUUUGUUUGUUUUUUGGAAAAGAAGAGUUUGAAUUUAAGAUUUAUAUUAAUUGGGUUUUAUAUUUUCUCAAACAUGCACCAGCAAAUCAAGAUACACGUACGAAUUACGCAAUGAGACUAAAAGUGUCUAUAGAGAAAUCUCAUUUGUUCUAUUAUUUUAUAGAUUUUUGGUUAUUUUGGAACUUUGUUGGAUCUCUGUGAUGUAGAACAGUAUGAUCAAGGCUUUAUGAUUAGUGGAGUUACCAUGUCAGAUCAAUUGUUGGGCUGUUACAGUCUUCUGUUUACAAAUGCACAAAUGUCACAGUGGAAGAAAUGCAGAUUCGUCGGUCUGUAAUUGAUUUGAUGAAUUCUCUAGUAACACGGAGCUCUGGGUGUCUCUAACCUUCUUAUAGCUGCCCUGAUGCCACCAUUAUCUGUUUGUUGACCACUCCUGCAGCCAUAACUCUAGUGUAUAUGCAUAUUAUAACUGGUUGUUCUGUUUAUCAGUUUGAGGAAUGAUCAAUGAAGAUUUAAUGGCUAUUGGAUUUAUAUAGACUUAAUAUGUAGAUGGUCAUAGUUGUUAUUGUAAGGUAGUGCAAGGAUGUCAGAGUCUCCAUAAGCUGGCUGCGGACCACAAAGUCAGCUAGUGAGUAGUACGUGAGUAUCAUUGUCUUAUCUUAUAAUUCACUCCUUGUUUUGUUGGACUGAGGGGGGGAUUAUAGGGUGAGGGAAGGUGGACUAUAAUGUUAUGUAUUGUAUCAGUUCUGGACCAAAAAGGAUAGGACCCCCGCCCCCUUCGGCUUACCCUUCAAAUUGAAUCAAUCAAUAGUUAAUUAGUCAAGGAGCACUUAAUUGUGUAACUUAAUUGAGUAACUUAAUUUUGUGUGCAGAAAAAUUGUCUAUUGCCUGUUAUAUGUCUUUGUCACAAGUAUGUGUACUGUAAUGAGCACAUUCAGACAGAGGGAACAGGAAAUGAGAGCUGCAGGCAUUAGAUAUUAUAGGAUACGAUAGAGAGUACAGUUACAUGCUUUGAGACUAGCUACAGAGAGAUACAUGGGCCCUGCAGUCUCCCCUGAGUGAUGCUUUAUAGGGCAGCAAGAUCGGACUCCCUGUAAUUAGGCACCCUGACCUUGGAGAGAUGCCCGGUCUAUGUCUUACGGGGGACCAUAGACCGGACACCUGAUAAUGUCAUUAUUGGAGGAGACGGGAGACAGGAAUUCUGUUCUCUGGACCAUCAAGGUGUUAAUUGAACACUGCGCCUCAGUCCGGCUUUGUUAUGGGAUAGCCUCAGUGUUUCCCUGGUAGUCUCCGGGUUCUCUUUAUCCGUGUGCAGAUCUAUAUCAUUGUAACCGUGGAAUAUCAUUAGAUGGAAUUAGGUUGAUUUCUUUGAAAACAGCUGGUUGAGAGUGAUUUCUAUUAAUGGAUAUAAAAAUCACAAAGUAUGUGUGUGCACAUCUUGAGAACAGGUUAUUGAUAUUUUGAAUGUGUGCUAAGUCCUGAGCAGCAUUGAGUAUGUGCUGCUGAAAGGGAUAAUGCUGGAGAGGUUCCGAAUGCUCAUUCUGGAGGCCACUGGGGCCCCCGCCUCCCCCACAGGAACAAGUAGUGACAGUGAAAUCUUAGAUAGCCCUUCCCCAAAGAAGGAAGUCAAGAACAGGAAGGCAGUAUCCAAUGGGAGUGUGCAGUCAGAAACCAAGGAUAAAAAGGAGAAGGUGGAAUUUCCUCAGGAGUCGGACCAAAGGAAACUCAACCAGUUGUUUGAUGCCUUUCGUGUGCCUAAAGCCAAAGAUCUUUCAAAUAAGUCUCACAGCACAGUGAGGAGAGUCACCUCCCAGAAGUAUGAGGACUCUGCAUCUGAUUCAGAAUCUUCAGUGUCAACAGACACAGAGAAGGAGCAGGAGGUGUUCCGAAAAGAUUCAGUGAAGGUGGAUAGUGUAGAUAGUGCAAGUAAAAGUGUGACGGCAUCAAAUGGUGUGUUAAAUAGCAGCAAAAACCGUGUUCCAAGUGAAAGAAAACUUCAGAGGAAUUUCUCGGAUGACUCCGACCAGACGCUGUUGUCUGACGAAGUUCCGUUCUCAAAAAGCAGCACAGAGACCCAGAUUAAAGUGGAUAUACACUCAGAUGAAUCAAAUUCGCCAACCUUGUCUCUGAAUAAAAAAGAGGAGAAAGUGAAUUCAGUUGAGGAAAUUGUGAAAAGUAAAUCUCCAAGGGGUAAUAUGAAACAAACUGCUACAGAAGUGAUAAUGGCUAUGAAAAUGGGCAGUCCCUCAAAUUCUCCCAAUCAAAACCACCCAGGCAAUUCUAAACUUGUUGACCCUCGUAGGUAUCAGCCAGGGAGAUCCCCUUCUCCUUAUUCUUUUGAUAGCAUUCCUUCAUCUCAUGCAAAUUCUCCAUUACCUGUGAAAAGACACAACAGUCAUCUCAGUCGAGAAUCAUCCGACACGGAUUCCACAUCUCGGAUGAGUGCUGCGGAUUACAGUGGCACGGAGUCUUCUCAGAUUCGUGAAAGUAGCAGUGGUGCUGAAGACUAUGUUGUGGAGGAAAUUUCUAAGAUACGAUUUCGUCGGAUGUCAAAGAAAAUUGCUGAGAAAGGAAGAACAUCAAGUCCACCUCCUGAGUGCCGUCACUCUGGUGUAGGUGUGGUGAGAGAGGAGCAGUGGGGCAGUACCUCCCCCACCGACCGCUCUAACACUGUCCCCCCUCCCCCAAAGUCACCCCAACCACCUCCCACAAACGUCUCCCCACGGGCUGAUGAUCACCAGCGGUUUGUAAGCCUCUCAGACACAACUGUGUGUGAAGUACCCUCCAAUGUGUCGUCUGAUCUGUCUCUGUUUGACAUUGAGAAGGACUGUCAGUUGGACCCAGAGGUGUAUGAUAUCACUGAUUUGGCAGAAGCAUCAAAAUCCAUGUUGGUGUUGCCCAAAACAGAUUUAAAUGCUGCAGGUAGAAAGAAGUCACCUCGAUUGAAAAAGAAACAAAAAGUGGAUCAAUCUGCCAGAGACAUUAGUAAAGGUAAAGAGAAAAGGUCUGUUGAAUCCAUGCAACAGGAACUAAAGAAGACCACCAUAAAGAAAUGCAGCAUGGGCAUCCAGGACUCUGGGCCCAAUCUCCAGACGACCACUGCACCAUGUAAGGACAUUAAGUCCUCAGGUUCAUUGGUUGGUGAAAUAAAACAAGAUCAGGUUGAUGGUCAUUCCAAGUCCAAGAAGCUAAUCCAGUUUAAUCCAGAAGACCUGGAGUCAGAUUCUACAGACUCAAGUCAGGAGACAGACCUUGCAUCAGAGAGAAAUAAGAUUUCACCUGAAGGUCUGGUAGAGAGAUCUAGGGUCAUAGAAGCUGAUCAGAGAGAGUCAAAUAAAAUGGCAUAUUCUGAUGAUGGUGUAAAUGAUGAAGACAACACAGAAAAUGCUGAAGAGGUGGAAGUUGAAAAUGAUGGCCUAGAUGAUUCUGGAAAACAUGAUAGCUUUGAUUCUUUGCUGGAGUCUUCAUUGUUUCAGAAUCAUAGAUUGUCUUCCAUUGAUGAUAGAAAAAAUCGGUUUGAAUCUGUAGAAAGUUUCAAUCUGUCGCCUUUAACACCUUUAUCUGGAAGCAAGAUUGAGACCAAGGCCCAGACUUACACUUUUGCUUUUGUGAAUGACAGUGUAUGGACAAAUGAGAGCUCAGACAAUGUGGCACCGAGUGAGGAUGACUUUGAUGAAAUCUUCAACAAAGCUGUGGUUGAUCUAGAUACAAGUCAAAAGAAACUUAAACCUACAAAACCGAGAAGAAAAAAAUCACAUCAACCCAGUGUGGACAGCAACAAGGAGCUGGAAGAAAUCAAAGAAAAUGUGGAAGAUGCACUGGAAGACGACAAAGUGGAAGGUAAUAGAAGAAGCUUUCAGAUGGAAUUUGGAAAUGACCAUGAAUUCAAGUUUUCCACAGAUGAUGUUUAUGUUGAACAGGAAGGCAAUGGUGUAAAGCCUGAGAGUUGUGAAACUGUUCUACAAAAGCAAAAUGAAACUGCAAAUCCAUCACUUCUAUGGAGGUUUGAAGAUAGCAGUCUGAAGGAUGAGUUCCAUCAAGUGUUUGGAGCCCAGGAGCAACCUCAGAAACAAACCUAUGCUCAGAAUAGAGCAUUCCUUCGAAAGACAUUUGCCACGUCUACUGAAUCUGUGAGCACAGAAUCUGAUGCUCUAAGUGUCAUCCAUGAGGAGAUAGACAGCAGUGAUCAGAGUAAUGAAGACAUGGAAGAUGGCAGAGAAAUGCACUUACAGGACAUUCAGGAGGAAGAUGAUAGUUCUAUGUUAACUGAGGGUACAGUUGAGCUAUGUGUAGAAAAGAAUGUACAGGAACUGUAUCUUCACAAACCAGACAGUAUAGAACCUGAGAAUGUAAUAGUGGAUGAUUCUGAAGGAAUAGAUGAAAACAUAACUGUUAAUGAACUUAAGACUAAACUUGAGAUGGAAGAGGACAGUGAUAAAAUAACAUUAGAUUCAUGUUUGGAGGAUCAUUCUUCUACAGACCCUAUUGGAGAAACCUUGAAUGAAUCUGAAAAAGUAGGGUUUUUAAAAGAUGAAUAUAAAAGUCCAAGGGAUAAUUUAGGAAAAUCUAAUGAUCAGUGUAAAGAAAUGAAAGGAGUUGAUUAUGAGAUGGAGAGCAGCCUUAGCAAGAUGCUGCUGGCAUCCAGUAAGAUUGCAAUGAUGACUUUGGAAACCGCAGAAUCUCCAGCUGACAAGUCCAUACACAGCACAGAGGAGCUUGUGUCGUCUCUGGAUGCCGACAUUUGUCUGGAUGAGGAAAGCUCCCAAGCAAGCGAAGAUCAUCUGCUCCAGCAGAUCAUUCAGAGUCAGUGCAACAGCGAAGACCUCAGCAUGCAGGACUCUUCUCCUGACAGUCAGACAGAGAAAGUCAGGAAGCGAGACAAAAGCAAGCAGCUGGUUCAGGAAUGGUUGCAGACGGAUGUGGAAGGGGUGGUAAUGGAGGACACUGUCCCAGAGAUUCCCGAUCCUCCUCUUGUCCACGACUGGCUGGGGAGGAAGGUCCUUGAGGGGGUGGACCCGGCCCCUGUCCCUGCCCCUCUCUCCCUGCCUCUAUCAGAGGGUGGUCAGUCUGCCGCUGACUCUUACCCCACCACUGCUCCUACUGUCCCUGUUCUUCAGCUAGAGGGACACUCAGAGGGAGUCCCUACACGCCUGUCCCCAAGGGCUAGCUCUGAGGGGUCGGGAAGUCUAGAAGACAGCGGUCACGUGAGUGGUACCUCCACAGAGAACACGCCUGAGCACCGCCGGACGGACAGCGCAGUCAGCCAGCUUUCAGUGCCUUCCUCCACGCUCUCCACUGUCACCGAUCGCUCCUCGGAGGAGACAGAUAUUGACGAUCUGGUGGCCUCCCAUCGCUCCAUCAGUGUCAGUAGCCGUGGAAACCUGCUCUCCACCAUAGCUGACAGCCGAGAAAGUAUACUCAGUUUCUAUAGCAAUGCAGGUGAAGUGGAUUAUGGGAAGAUUCCAGUGACGGGGGAGAUAUGUUUUGGUCUGGAGUAUAACUACCGGACUGGAACUCUGGAGAUCCAGAUCAAGCAGUGUAAAGGAUUAGCUCCGGCUGACACCAAGAGGAACAGAUCCGAUCCGUACGUCAAAACUUACCUUCUUCCGGACAAAACGCGAAGUGGCAAGAGGAAGACUCGGAUCAUCAAGAACACCCUCAAUCCUGUGUUUGAGCAGACACUCAGGUACCUGAUAUCUAAGAGUGAGCUGGAGAAUCGCACCCUGUGGGUCACGGUCUGGCACAACGACCGCUUCGGACGCAACGACUUCCUGGGAGAGGUCACCAUUAACUUCGAUUACUUCCGGUUCGGAGAUUCCUCGGCCAAGUGGUACCCUCUCCAAGAAAGAAUUGAAUCGGUGCCAGCUGCUAAUCUGACUUACAAAGGGGACCUGUUCCUGAGCAUCAAGUACGUGCCCCCAGAGAAAGUCAGGAAGGAGGACACCACAGCCUUCCCCUCCAAGAAGAAGUUCCGAAAGGGGAGGUCAGAGGUCGGGGGUCCUAAAGGUCAGCUACACGUGCUGAUAAAGGAGGCCCGCAACUUGACAGCUGUACGCAGCGGGGGAUUCUCCGAUCCAUUCGUCAAAGGGUACUUGUUGCCAGACAAACAGCGAGGACUAAAGCAAAAGACAGGUGUAGUCAAACGCAACUGUAACCCUCAUUGGGAUCACACGUUUAUAUUUGAGGAUGUGAACAAGACUGACCUGAAGGAGCGGUGCGUGGAGCUGACAGUGUGGGACCACGACAAACUGAGCAGCAAUGAGUUUCUGGGGGGACUCAGGCUCAAUCUCGGAGUCGGUAAGAGUUUUGGUAAGGCAGUCGAUUGGAUGGAUGCUCACGGAGAAGAGAUUUCGUUAUGGCAGGCGAUGCUGGACCGACCCAACAUCUGGAUAGACGGGGCUCUCAUGUUACGCCCAAAUAUGGACAAACGCAAAUAUUAAUCCAUAUUCUUGUAAUCAUCAAAACUGAACAAUUCUUACCAUUGUAGCAACAAAGCCAAUAUUGGCCCAUACUAUUCAUAGAUCUGUUUCUCUUUUUCACAUUGACUGAAACUGUGGGAGAAAGAUUUGUAGAAGUUGUUUUGUAAACUGUCAGCAACAGAGAGUUUGAUCUGUAUGAGACCCAGUGAAAUCCAUAUUUCAAACAUUAAUAUUGCACUCUAUUUCAUUUGAGUGGCAAUUUUAUGUGAGAAUUUCAAUGUACUUUGUGAAUGCUUUCUCCCGAAAGGGAAACAAUACCUUCAUUAUAUGAAGUUUCCUGCAUUUGUCAUACAUUACAUGUAUUAAGAUAUUAAAGAUAUUUAUGUUAAUUUAAAAAUCAUUAUGGUAUUAUGUCAAAUGGAGAGUGAAAACAGCAUAAUGUAAACAUUAUCAUUGCUAGAAAGUUGUAACUUAUUAUUAUUAACAAAAGCUUUUCUAAAAUGGUUGUUAACAAAUUUAUUUAACCAGCACAUAAUUUAAAACUGAGUGAAUAUAAUUUAUGAUUCUGGCAUUUGUAAGACUGAAUUUUCAAUCAACAUUUACGUGACAGCAUUGUUUGACACAAUGUCUAUAUUUUUUGUUCAUUUGCUUAUUUCCCUCAAAAAACAAUAAUCAGUCUAGACGUUAUUCAUCAAUAUUUAUUCAUAAGUUAACUACAGGGUUCUUUUGUCUCAAAAAAUUGUAUUUAUUUAUGAGGGUUUAUAUUAACUUGGUAAUGAAUGUGAAUAAUUUGUAAUUGAGCACAUGUAUUAAAACAAUAUAAAAUUAUACACAAUUUAUUUCAAUUUAUUAAGCUGUAGAAUAGUAGACUAUAAAACUGUGAGUUAAGUCUCUCAAAUGUUUGUAUCCACGUUAAUAACAUGAAGAUUCUUUGUAAAUAAUUUUACUGUUGCCUAAUAUUUGAAUGUGAAUUAUCUUUGCAUUGGUAUAUAACAAUGGCCAAGUUACAUGUACAUCCACCUUUCUUAUAUAAUUGCAAUACUGAGAACAGUUUAUGUGUAGGUAUAUGUGUACCUCAUAUAUGUAGAUGUUUUAAAAUAACUUACAACCAUUUGCUCAAUCACAACUGAAUUUUUUUUUUAUACAUGUAAUAUUAAUUAAAUAAAUAUACAUAGCUGAAUAUUUCAGGUAGAUGAAAUAAAAUCGUAUAAAGUUUGCCAGGUGCAAAUUAGAAUAUGAUGCUGUUUUGUUAGCUAGGUAAAUCAAUAUUUUAAAUGUAGAAAUCAAUUUGUACUGCAUUUCAUGCACUGAAAUCCGAAUUAUUUUUUGUUAUUAAACCAUGCCCUACGUAAUCCUGUUAAUAAAUUCCAUGUUGCAUAGUACUUUGGGUAUCAUUUCUAUUUAUACUAGUAUGUUUAUAUUUUCUUGUUGGUUUUUUCUUUACUGUUAAUUGUACAAAGAUUUUUUUACUUCAUGUUGAUAACUGCUACUUUUAUAAUAAAAAUAAUACUCUUGACAAAUUUCA